AUGUCCAAGAAGUCCCUGUCGACGGUAGCUAUCACCGAUAAGGUGUUGGCGACGCUUAAGCCGACAAAGAAUCUUAGUCAUCACGAAGGUGCUUCAAUUACCAGUCUUGACUUUGAUGAUACUGGUCAGUUCCUUAUAUCAGCUGGUGUUGAUCGACUGAUACAACUCUACGAUUGUCACAAAGGUACUAGGGUGAAGAAGAUCCAAUCUCAGAAGUACGGAGCUCACCUUGCUAGAUUCACCCAUCACGAUCACUGCUGCUUGUACGCGUCCACUCCUUCUUCAGAAACAGAGGCAGACCAUUCGUUAAGGUACUUAUCGCUCAACACGAAAUCAUAUCUACGCUAUUUCAGAGGCCAUAAGGAUCAGGUCACAGCGCUUGAAGUGAAUCCAGUCACGGAAACGUUUCUUACUGCCAGCGCUGACCAUACGGUUAAGCACUGGGACUUGAGACUUACUACUCCACUGGGUAACAUUGUUGCUGGUCAAACUUCUCUAGUGGCCUACGACCCUCAAGGUAUUAUCUUUGUUAUUGCUAAAAGCCCAGAUGUGGAUGCUCAUUCAGACACUGGCUCGAUAUCGUUCUACGAUGUCUCCUCAUACGAAAAGGGUCCUUUCGCCAAAGCAAACGUACACUGCACGCCAGGUCACAAAUGGAACAAGGUGGAGUUUUCUAAUAAUGGUAAGCUUCUUCUCAUCGGCACCGAUUCUUCACAACACUACAUCCUUGACGCCAUGCUGGGCAAACUACUAACAUGCCUUAGUGCCGUGGAAGAGCCACAGAAUGGAUGGCUUCGAUUUAACUACGCUACUUCCGGUCUGACCACUUUCACGUCCUGUGGCAAAUUUGUGCUUUCUGGCUCUCCUGAUGGUACUUUAUUCAUCUUCGAUGUCUCCAAGGUGAAGGCAUCUGAGAAGAACGAGCCCGUCAUCAGACCCUACAAAGGCCUUCCUGGCUAUGGUGUUUCCAAAGUGGUGUCCUUCAAUCCAAAGUUAUUAAACGUGGCAUCUGCAGAUGAUCUGGUGGUUCUUUGGUCCCCAGAUGUCGAUAGCGAGUUGAACUAG